AUGUCAUCAGAAAAAGUGAAGCCUUCGUUGAUCUCAAUCGUGGGUGCGAAUGUCGGCAUUGGCGUCGUGAAGACGUUGACCUACACCUACGAUUUGGCGACGUUACCUUUUUAUACAGUUCUUCAACGACCCUGGAAGACGUGGCGGAACAGGUUUACGGUUUUCGCGGCCGUCGACGAUGUUCCGAACGCAUCUCCAGCGGGUCCAUGGUCCAGACGAGUCGAUCGGAUCAAUGAGGCUGUUUUUGAAGGCAUGGAGACCGUAGAUCAGCUAACGAGAAAAGCCGUAAAGCAGUAUGCAGACGAAGUUUGUUUCGGUUGGAGAGAGGCCUUCGGCGAAGAAGAAGAGGAGCAACCCGAUGGCAAGGUUUUCAUAAAGCAACUUCAAGGAGACUACCAGUGGAUGUCUUACCGAGAGUUCGAUGAAAAAGUCGAUCUCGUCGGACGAGGUCUGAUGUCGUUGGGAGUCCGUCCCAGGCAGAAUGUCUGCAUUCUCGCCGAGACGAGGAUGGAGUGGAUGCUCACAGCCCAGGCUUGCCUCCGGAUAAACAUUCCAGUCGUAACGCUGUACGCAACCCUCGGCGAAGAUGGAAUUAUUCAUGGCAUUACUGAGACUGAAACCACUCACCUGAUAACGUCGCAAGACCUCUUGCCCAAGGUCAUAAAGCUACUUCCGAAGCUGCCUUCCGUCACGCAUGUUAUUUACAUGGAAUCAAGAAUUACGAAAAUCAAACCGGUAGUGCCGAGCGGAGUGCAUUUCCUUCCGUUCUCCCAGCUGGAGUGCCUUGGAAAAACCGCAGAUACUGAGCUUAGAGGAGAGGUGCCCGGACCGGAAGACACCGCCAUCAUCAUGUACACGAGUGGAUCCACUGGGAUCCCGAAAGGAGUCAUGAUCACGCAGGCGAAUAUCAUUGCGACCGCGCGGGGUUUUCAAACAAUGGUUCCGGAGGGCGACCCGAAAGACGCGUACAUCGCCUACCUACCGCUGGCACAUAUAUUCGAGCUUUGCUGCGAAAUGGUGGCGAUCGCGCUCGGGGUUCGCAUCGGUUACGCGUCUCCCCUCACUCUAACCGACAAGUCGACCGGGGUGAAAACCGGAACUCCCGGCGACGCGACUCUGCUGAGACCCUCCGUAAUGGUAUCGGUGCCGCUAAUUCUGGACCGAAUCCGAAAGAGUGUCACGGAGGUCGCCGAAUCCAAGGGAUUGUUCUCCAAGAUGUUCUUCCGGCACGUCGUCACCUACAAAGCCUUCUGGCAACGAUACGGCUACGACACGCCGAUUCUCGACCUGCUUGUAUUCAACAAGAUGAAAGCCCUCCUCGGAGGCCGUAUCAAGGUCGUCGCGACGGGCUCCGCUCCUUUGUCCGCCGAUACGCACGCGUUCAUCAAAGCUUGCCUCGGCUGUGACCUAAUACAGGGUUACGGCUUAACGGAGACUUCGGCUGGUGCAACCGUUAUGGAACUGAGCGACAUGAGUCUCGGUCGCGUGGGCUCUCCGUUGGCGGGAACCACUUUGCGUCUGGUGGACUGGCCUGAAGCCGGCUAUUUCAGUACUGAUUUGCCGCAUCCCCGAGGCGAAAUCGUCGUCGGAGGCUCGACUGUUUCCAAGGGCUACUACAAGAACGAGGCUCUCACCCGGGAAUGCUUCAAAGUGGAAAACGGCAAGCGAUGGUUCUAUACGGGCGAUGUCGCGGAGAUGUAUCCGAACGGUACGCUGAAAAUCAUCGAUCGGAAGAAAGACCUCGUCAAACUGCAGUUCGGCGAGUACAUCUCGCUCGGCAAAGUCGAAGCCGAAAUGAAAACUUGCCCCAUCAUCGAAAACAUCUGUGUUCAUGGAAGCUCCUUCCACACGUACCUAAUCGCACUCGUUGCUCCCAGCGAGAAGGCACUCGAGCAGCUGGCGCUCAGCAUGAACAAGGAAGGAUUGACAUUCAAGGAAAUGUGUGAAGAUCCCGACAUCAAGAAAACGGCCACGCAACAGAUUCUGGAGCACGCGAAGAAAUGCAAUCUCCACAAAAUGGAAAUACCGACCAAGAUCAAACUCUGCUCCGAGUCGUGGCAGCCUGAUUCUGGUCUGGUGACGGCAGCUUUCAAAAUUAGACGGAAACAAAUCACAACCUACUACCAGAAAGAUAUCGAUGAAAUGUACUCGAAAUCGACAUAGGCUCCAGCCUCGUCCGGGCGGAUAGUUCGCUCGAGGAAUGCGGGGGCUGUCGAUGAAGAUGGAAUUUAUUUUAAAAACAAAAGAAGAAUUCAAAAAGUACUACAAAUUUUCCCCGCGAGGAACAAGAAAGGCUCCCGGGUUCACCCCGGUGUCUGAUGCUGUGGCGUUGUGGUUUUGAAAUGUUGAGCUUGCGAAUAUUGAGGAGGGAAUGAGUAGGGGCGUGGACUUUAUCCUCCUCGGCUUGCUGCUGUCACCCUCUCUCGAUUUCUCUAUUCCUCUCUCUGCUCCUAUGACGGCUCAUUUUAUAUCUUCCCCAAUAUACAUAUAUAAAUAUACAUUCGUCGGCACGAACGAAAACGUAUGUUCUCGAUAGGGUUCAAUGACAUAAAUCAAAGUGGGAGCUACUUACGAGGUCUCGAUUCUCCCCCGGGAGCAAGUCACGACGCUUUAAGAAGGGAUUCGUGAAGUCCGAAGCGAGGUGAUAUCUGUGUGGUUAGGGAGUCCCGCUCCCUCAAGUAUUCCCCUAAAGUUGAGAGCUAGAAUGGUUCAAAAACAUCAGGCAAAACCGGUGACUCAUCAUCGUGUCGAUGAUAUUAUAGGUGUCAAAUUGUCGAGAAGUCUAAAUCAACUCCUCAUCGAGUCUUUAUCAAGUGUUCAGCCUGGCGUUUUCUAAAGAAAAAAGUGAGAUUCCUUACUCUGGAGCUGAGCUUCCCGCUCAGUGUCCAGGUGUAAUUUGUACAUAGCUUACACGAAGACAUCCGAGCCGGGAGGACCGACGAAGGAUUGAGAGAUUUUAAGGUUCGUUCACCAGAGCGAUUAGACUCGCUAGAAGACAAGCAAGCGAGUUGGGCUUUCCGAACAAAAUGAUAAUCGACGAAUAAUGCAUAUUUUGAGGAAAGUCGGUGACAGCUACGGUUUGGAGAUGGAGAGAUAAAUGAUGCUAAAAUCUUCAAUACUUCAAUUCCACUUCAAUACUUUGUGGGAGAGGAGAUCAUCUCAGAUUUCAAACUUGAAUACAGGCAGCCGAACAUCUGUUAUAUCGAGCUAAAAUAAAUGUUACGCUAUAUAA